AUCAAACAGACAGUAGUGACCACAGUGUUACUUUACGGAAACAUCUGAUGGCCAAAAAAAGCGUUAACACCGCCUUAAUCGUAAUCGGGCUGUUAUCUUGCGGGGCGGGCUACUUUAGCCUCUACCUUCUGCUACACUUAUUGACUUACCAAUUUGUUUACUUACAUAGUACUUCUAGGUUAUGUUUUACGUUGUGGUCAUAAGUAGGAAACUGAAAGUAUAUUACCGAUUCUGCUGUUUCAAUUCGAAACUUAAUUUUAAGAUAUGGAUAACAACUAUAAUCCAGUCAAGCAACUGGAAUUUCAUUUUGCAUUUCCAAUGCUUACUCGAGAAGAUCUGUACCAACUAAAAGUGCCAGUGGAAAUUCCAUUUACAGAAUCAAUACCAGAGCUUGUUCAGAGGCUUGUAGCAUCAUUAAAACUCCCACCUUAUAUUGAAGAAGAUUUAGAAAGAGAACUUCAAACAUUCAUUGAAAAGGAAACUACAGAUUUUUUGGAUGAGCAGGCAGAUGCUAUUAUUAAAAAUUCUAAGACGGGUGAACUUGAUGUUGAAGAUGUCAUAAAAUAUUGGGAAAAAAACUUCAAAGAGAACACUGUUGAAUUUGGAGAAAAAUCAGGAGCAAAUGAUGCAGAGGUUUUUUCUGCCGUGUAUCAUAAGUUGGUUCACUCGCCGGCCCUGGAAAUGAUUCUUCAGCAAGAACAUUCGUAUGCGAUAGCAGUGUCUGAGAUAGUUGCAGAGCGGGACAAGCAAGUUACUCACCUGACAGACACACAGACAGAAGAGAUGUGUCGAGCUGUAGAUGCUGUGAAUGUGACAAGCACUGAAGCAGAGAUCAACGAGCUGGCAGGAAGGCAUCUCGAACAGCAGAGUCUAAUACAUGCUCAGUGGGACAGUCAAGUGGAUGCGAUCAAAGAGGCACAGCGUAGGCACUACAGGCAGUGGCUUAUGGACAAACAAACAUCUGCCUCUACACCACUAAACUCUCCGCUCUCUGCAGAAGCUAAUAGAACUUUCAGCGACUUGGUAUCAGAUGCCCAAGGUCCUGUCAUGCAGGAGAGCUUCACCAUACAUCUUGGUUCCCAGAUGAAACAGAUGCACAAUAUUCGUUUAUUGUGUACAGAUGUCCUCGAUUUCUGUCAGUUACGCAGGAAUAAUUCUGGGACACAACCUCAGAGGUUACAAACUGCCUUGGGACUAUACUCCAAUGAUCUGUGUGGUCUGGUUCUACUCACCGAUACUCAGCUUGGCAGUUACUCUGCUUCUGGUAUAUCAAAAGAUUUUAUAAAUGUGUGUCAGAGCAGUACAGAGUUCCAUUUUAGCGAUAUAGAUGAUCAGCUAGAGCGUGUCAAGGAGGCUGUGAAGGAAGGAGUUGCUUGGAGAAAGAACCAUAUAAUGAGGGACUCAACACAUCACUUCCUCAAUUUGACAUCAUCUGAACAGCAGUCGAGAAGGAGUGGGACCAAAUACCUGCAGACAGGAGAUGUGUACUUAACUCACCAUUCAAACCUUGCCGAGGUGCAUGUAGUCUUCCAUAUGGUUGUCGAUGACUCUCUCAGAUCAAAUGAUAUAAAUUCUAGACAUCCCACAAUUCUGGGUCUGCGCAACAUCCUCAAGACAGCCUGUAGCAGUGACAUUACAACUCUCACUGUACCAGUUUUGUUGACCCACGAAAUGUCGGAGGAGAUGACAGUAGCCUGGUGCAAUAAACGUGCAGAGUUGGUGUUCAAAUGUGUCAAGGGUUUUAUGAUAGAAAUGGCUUCUUGGGGAGGAUCUGACUUAAAGAAUCUUCAAUUUCUUGUUCCUAAGGGUAUUUCAGAAGAUGUAUUCGCCAAUUUGGCUGCAAUGUUACCAAGUAUUUUUCGGGUUUCAAAUCCUCUAGUCUUCAAAGUUACUCCUUCGCCACAGCCUCCUAGCUCAAAGCAAAGUAAAACUGAUAAAAAUAACAAAUCGAAUAAAUGAAAUAGUUGAAUGUAAAUUAUUAUUUAUAUUUGUAUUUAAUAUAAUUAUGAUAUAAUUUUGCGUGAGUAUAUGUGUAUAUAUAUAUAAGUAUAUAUAUAUAUAUAUAUAUGUAUGUAUGUAAGAAAUACUUUACUGUCAUUACACUUGAUAUUAAACAUUUAUUUACAGUUAUAUUUGAUA